UAUGUUGAAAAUUGAAUUGAUGAAUCAAUGAUUGAUGGUUGACGUAUGGAUGAAUGGAACAAAUGACGGAUGGAUGUUGAUAAAUGGAUGAAAGGUUGAGAGAGGGAGGAAUAAUGGAUAGAUGAAUGACAGAUGAUACAAGAUUGGAUUAUUGCUGAUGGAUGGUUGAAUGACCGAUGAAUAGAUGAAGGAUGAAAAAAUGAUGGAUGAAUGCUGACCUUUUACUUCCUUCCUCAGUGACUGUCAUGAAUCCACCAGCUGGUCUGAGGGCAGGUCCAAAACCAGUUCCUCUACCAGCUCACCUGAGGCCUUAAUCACAUGUAAAGAAGGCUCCACUAAGGAAAUGGGGCUUACUCAAGAGGGGGAGGGGCCGAAGAGAUCCAGCAGGUCCAGCAGAUUCAGCUGUGUUCCAAUAAAAGAUGUUGGCGUGAAGCAAUUUGAUGUCACUGCAGGUGAACAGCCCAUCAGAGUCCCUGGUGUUCCUCCUCCGUCUCCAUGGAGAUGUCUGACCCACACGAUGUCACGUGACAUGUUGUACGGGAUUUUGUUUCGCUGUUCUCAGCUGCCGUCGGACCACCUGCCCCCACGUAUCAACAGCACGCUACCACCCACCAUCUGCAGAAAACUGCCACUGCCGCUACAGAGGAGUAACCGCUCUUACUCUGACAACUUAUUGGCUCUGAGGUCUGGAGUUAAACACAUGCCGCUCCCACGAGCUUCAUCACAGCUGGACUGGCUUGACCUGGAGAGCACUCAAGCCUUCAAAGCGGACAUCAAUCAGACACAACGCACACUGGGGGUGACAUCACAGAGCUCCGCCCUGGAGGACAGUGACAUCACAGCCCGCUCCCUCUCAGGUGAAGUCCUCCAACUGGAAGAGAUUCUUCAGCAGCUGCAGCUCGACCUGCUAAAGGAGCAGCGGGACAAAGCUGUGCUGCAGCAGCAGGUGCUGAGCCUCCGUCAGGAGAACCACCGCCUGCAGGAGGAGAGUCACAUCAGGAGGUUCGCCGCCUGGAUGCUGCGCCAGGAUUCGUUACCAUAGUAACACCACUAGCAUUUACUGAACAUUCAGCACUGUGUCACAUGACUCGCAGCGGAUCGUGGUGACGACGAAGAGUUUGAACCGUGAGCAGAACAAUCGAACAGCACGAAGCAGCACGCUGAAUGAAGAUGAGGUGAUCUGAUGGGAUCAGUCACAGCUCGGCUGACCGGUCUCGUCAGUCCUCCUAGAAGUAGGCGGAGCCUCUCUAUGAUUCUUGCUGUUAUUUGUUUUCACACAGAGGCGCAGUGAGUUAGUCGCAGCAGGAGCUGACCUCCGUGCGCCUCCACCUCUGUCAGCAUCGGAGCAGCUGGCGACGAUGAGCUUUUACUAAACGCCUCAGCGCAGAUGUUUAAGGAUGUUUUCUCUUCAGACUGUGGAUCAUACAGAUGUUUGAUCCAAGCUGAAUCAGCUGAUCCAGAAUCAGCUGAUUUAUCCAAAACUCUUCUUUCAUGUGUAAAGAGAUCCUGCUCUCUUUCUGCUGUUACGUGUCUUUAUUUUUAUGAAGGUUUACAUCAGAAUUUACUUUUUUGGCCUAGUUUUCCUGGAGAUGAUGUGAUUAAUACUGUAAGUACAGCAGCAUUCACAGAUAGGUUCUUACUCAGAAACAUUUUCAUCAGGUCGAUCGUUUUUAUAUCUGUAUAUAAAAAAUAUGUAUUUCAUUUGGUCAGCAAUGAGCAGCCUGAGGAGGCGCUGUGAAGCCGCAUGUGUUUAAGCUGGCUGCAGGCCUGAUGUGGAUGAAGGUGAGCAAAGGUAAACGUGUAGUGGGCCCUGAGCGGUCACAUGACCGAGCCUCCGGGUCUGUGGACUUCAUAAACUCGGUGGGGCUUCAGGAGGAGCUGCCAAUCAGCUGCCAGAGGCCGCCCCCUGGUGGAAGUAGCUGUGUAAUAAAAACUCAGUUUGUUCACCAUG